AAAGAGAACAGAUAAAAGACAGUAAAACAAAGCCUUUCACUUUCCUCAAAUUAGCAGGCUAAUGUAGUAUAAAAAAAAGCAGUUCUACUCAGAUCUGUGCUAAGAGCUUUCAUUUCAUCAUAAUAUAAAACAGCAGAUCCGUCACCUUUCUCUAUUCAGUACUCUUGAUUUCGAGGUUGAAGUGAAAAUUAGAAGCUGUUCUUUCUGGCUCACAGACUGGGUUGCAUUUGCUUAGUCUUAUUCCAUGACAGUAGGAUGGAAAGAGGUCAGUAACACUGGAAUCUGACGGAUCGUUCAUAGCGGAGUAUUGUACACAAACAUAAAGCACCUUCAAAAUGGACUACUUUUUGGAUGUCGAGUCUGCUCACAGACUGUUUUACAGUCAAGGAGCCCAAGCUCGUCGGGCAACUCUUCUCACUGUGCCCACUCUGGUGACAGCAACUUCUGAGGAUGACAUAGACCGGAGACCCAUCAGAAGGCUCCGGUCUAAGAGUGACACCCCUUACUUGGAAGAAGCUCGCAUCUGCUUCAACCUUGAUAAUGCUCGCCGGGCCACGCUGCUCACCGUGCCCACAUUAAUGGCGGCAUCUUCCGAGGAGGACAUCGACCGCAGACCCAUCCGCCGCGUCCGCUCCAAGAGCGACACCCCCUACCUCGCCGAGGCCCGCAUCUCCUUCAACCUCGACACAGCUGAAGAGGUGGAAAGACUGGCUGCAAUGCGUUCAGAUUCUCUAGUACCUGGGACUCACACGCCUCCAAUCAGAAGAAGAAGCAAAUUUGCCACUCUUGGGAGACUUUUUAAGCCGUGGAAAUGGAGGAAGAAGAAGAGUGAAAAAUUUAAGCACACUUCAGCAGCUUUGGAAAGAAAAAUGUCAAUGAGGCAAAGCAGAGAGGAGCUUAUAAAACGAGGCGUGCUGAAAGAAAUUUUUGAUAAAGAUGGGGAACUUUCCAUACCAAAUGAAGAAGGAGCUUUGGAGAAUGGGCAGCCUCUGGGCUCUGGGCUGAGCUCCAGCCAGGUGUCCCUGCCAGCCCUAGCAGAACUGGAGUCAGUCCCAGCAUCUGUGGAACCCUGCUCAUAUGAGGUGCUCCCAACCACAGAGAUCAUGGAUGGGACAGUGUCUGAAGAGAGCCCCACAUCCAAUGAAUCCGGAGUCCUCCUGUCCCAAGAUCCUACAGCUAAGCCAGUCCUGCUACUUCCCCCCAAAAAAUCUGCCGCUUUCCCUGGAGACCAUGAGGACACCCCAGUGAAACAGUUGUCCCUCCUCAAACAGCCCCCUGCCCUGCCUCCUAAACCUAUUGCCAGGAUUGCCAGCCACUUAACUGAUCCUGGCGCUCCUGUGAAACUGCCUUGUAUGCCAGUUAAACUGUCACCUCCACUACCUCCAAAGAAAGUCAUGAUUUGCAUGCCUUUAGGGGGGCCAGACCUCUCUCUCUCAUCCUAUUCCACGCAGAAGAGCUCCCAGCAGCCUUUGACCCAGCAGCAUCACACUGUCCUGCCAUCCCAGUUAGCAGCUCACCAGCACCAGCUCCAGUACGGCAGCCACAGCCAGCACCUUCCUUCUGGGUCCAGCACGUUGCCCAUUCACCCUUCAGGGUGCCGGAUGAUCGAAGAACUGAACAAAACACUAGCCAUGACCAUGCACAGGCUAGAAAGCUCUGGUUUACACACAAGUGACAGUGUUACAAAAACAGGACCUGGGGGCCUUCCAGACAUGAGACAAGUGCCAACUGUUGUGAUCGAAUGCGAUGACAAUAAAGAAAAUGUGCCUCAUGAAACUGACUAUGAAGAUUCUUCCUGCCUCUAUCCAAGGCAGGAAGAGGAAGAAGAGGAAGAUGAAGAGGAGGAUAACUCCUUAUUUACAAGCCCCCUGGCAAGGAAACUCUGCAGGAAGGACUCUUUAGCAAUCAAACUAAGCAACAGGCCUUCCAAGCGAGAGCUGGAGGAAAAGAACAUCCUCCCCAUGCAGACUGAUGAAGAGAGGCUUGAACUUAGGCAGCAGAUCGGGACAAAGCUAACAAGACGACUGAGCCAGAGGCCAACUGCUGAAGAAUUGGAGCAGAGGAACAUACUGAAACCCCGGAAUGAGCAAGAGGAGCAGGAGGAAAAACGAGAGAUUAAGAGAAGAUUAACACGCAAGCUGAGUCAAAGGCCCACAGUAGAAGAGUUACGUGAGAGGAAGAUCCUCAUCCGCUUCAGUGACUACGUGGAAGUGGCAGACGCGCAAGACUACGACAGGAGGGCAGACAAACCCUGGACACGACUCACAGCUGCUGACAAAGCAGCCAUUCGAAAAGAGCUUAAUGAAUUUAAAAGCUCUGAAAUGGAAGUUCAUGAAUUAAGUAGGCAUCUAACAAGGUUUCACAGACCGUAGCAGAUCAAUUCUACCUGACUACUAUGCCAUCUUCAAAACAUAACUAAAAGGAACCAUAAGUGCUGGUAUUAUUCACUGCCCUGUUACGUACAAUGUAAAUCUUCCAAACUGCCUUUUUAAAAAAAAAAAAAAAAAAAAGAGUAGAAAAAUAAAUAUUAAAGAAAAGGAGAAUUGUAUUUACAUGUGAUGAGUACUGCAGCAUCAUCAGACCUGCUGGUUCAAGCUUCAGUAACAGAAAAUACCCCUGGUGGGAAUCAUGCCAAGACUUGGCAUCUAUGUAUAGGACUUUCCCGGCAUGUGGAUUUGCCAUACAUGUUCAAGCCCAGCUGGUGAUGCAACCAUUGUUGUCUUCAGGCACCCCUCAUCCUGACAAGCCUCUGUCAUCAACUCUAGAGAGUCCUGAAAUGGUGUUUAGGGAAUCACUGGGCCUGGGUGAAGUCUCCAAAAGGUGAGCCCCUAUGGCACUAAAGCACUUACAUCAAACACUCCUUUCAAGCUGAGAGCACCUUAUGAGGAUGGUGAAGGAGCGAAACUAUUCCGUGGGCCAGCCCGUCUGUGAAUAUCAUCUGACUAGAAAAGCAUUUAUUUCCCUGGAGAAGUUUACAGCCAAUCAGUAGACAUUGUUCAGCUUCCAAGCAGAAAAAAGUACCACCUCUAAAGAGCAGGACUCCCUACUGAAGGCUGCUUCAGUUCUAGCAACUGUUUGUUUUCCAACUCUUUGAAGUAUAAUUUUCUAAACCCAGUUGUGAGCCCAUUAGCAGUAAGUGACAAGAACGUUGAGGACCAGCAAGCAAAAACCCAUCUCUUCAGGGUCACUGCAUGGCAUCUGCUCCGCUUGUAGUUUGUCUUACACCCAAACCUUGUGACUGUGUGAGAGCCAACGUGCCCCUGGCAGCAGGAAAGGCUGGGAUUCCCCUCCAGCUUUGCAGAGGGACACGCAACUGGAGGGGCUGGAGGUUCCAUGAAGGAUAUCUACCAUCUCUGUAUCAGGUGUCUAAAGAACUGAUCCUAAACUCACACUGAGCAAAGCGUGACAAAGCGUGUUACCUGGCCUAACAAAAGGAGUCUGGGGCAUUCUUAUGGAUGGUGGGACUUGUCACUGGUACCCACAGCUGAGGCAUAAGGACAGUAAUUCAGAGGUGUUCUGAAUUUAUUGGUUUUAAUUUAUUUUUCGUAUAGUGGUUUAACACACAAACUGACCAAGCAGAGCUUGGAGAGCUGGUCGCUCUGGGCCUGGUUUACUUGCCAACAUAAGCGUGUGCUCUACAGUAAGGAAGCACACACAGCCUCACUGCUUUCAAGAACGUCUGACAGGCUUACUGGAACCUGAACACAGUUAAGUGCUUUUCUGAACUUAGGCCAUCCCCUUCCAGAAUUAAGUCCUUAACUAGUAUAAUGCCAGCAAGCUGGGGCAAACAUUGUCAGGAUUCCUUUCAAGCUCUUACAAGACAUUAUUAUGCCAUGUUUUGGGAUGGUGGCCAAAAGCACUGUAGCAACAUUACUGUAAGAAGUUCCAGAUUAUUACUUCAGGAUACCUUUUCUUCCACAAUGGCUGUUUUCCUUUGACAGUGUGAACAGAGAGGCCAAAGUUUUUUACUACAGAAUUGUUAUUUCUGUUAUUCUUUAACUGAUUUUUCGUUUCUCACUGUCUUCCAUGUAUCUAUCCUCUCUUUUGUGCUCCCUGUCCAGCUCCCCCUGUGCCAUGCUAACACCGCCCUUCACUGAUUGCGGGCUGAAAAGCCUCUCACACUUGAGCAUUUAAUGGCCAGUGCAGUGUAGUGCCAACACUCCUGCCUCUUCUCAGGCCUCAUCUCACUCCUCUGGAUGCAGGAGUACAGCCAAAGAACCUGCAUGUAGCCCAUGGAGUGGCUCUAGCACCCAGCCUGCCCCAACAGCGCUGGCAGCGAGGGUGACGCCCUCCAUCUACACUUGGUGGUGGCACUCAGUGCCUCGCAGAUUGGCUCUCCAUCAGAGACAAGCAAAAGCUUUUCAUUCUCAUCCAUAGCCAUCCUUACAAUGCUAUGGAUUAUUAGCUAUUAAAUGAGGAUUGGCUGUUGGAGGAUGGAAGAUCAAAGGAAAGUAAAAACCAGGUGGUUUCUGGUGCUUCCCAGACUGGGUGAUGAUUUCUAAGGAAACACACCGUGAUCCCUGUAUCACCAGCUCACACUUGCUUUAGAUAGAAGUUCAUCAGUAGUGGAAGCCUUCAAUGUGCAGUGUUAUCAGCUCAGUGCAGCAGAGGCAGAGCACUUAACGUACCAGCCAGGAAUACACGGCUUUGGGGUUAUCUUCAUGAAAACCUUGGGUUCCUGUUCAUAAGUUCAUUCACAUACAUAUGCACACAAGUUACAAGAAUGCAUCAGAGCUUUAAGAAAGGGGAAAAAAGCCUUUUUGCUUUUGACUGCGCAGACCUUGCAUUAGCAAAGGGCUCUGCAACAGAGCUGUUCUGAAGAACAACAAAUCCUUGUGUUCCUAGCAUGGAUCUCACAUCUGCCCUGGCAUUGCUAGCUUAGAGGAUCACUGUGAAAUGGAAGGGACACCAUUUAAGGAGCAGUGGUGACAGAAAUCACAGGACUUGGUAGGCUAGUGGGAGGGAAAGGUGAGGGUUUGUUGGAUUUUUAUUAAUAAAAUUAAGACGAGGGAGGUGGAAGUCACAGGCUGUUGCUGUCCAUUGUUAGUGCCGGAAUCCCCAGGGGAAUGGUCAGUCUGGGCACUGCCACUGUCCCUCAUGGGCACAGCCCCAAGCAGUGCCCACACUCCCAGUCUGGCACACAAAAAUAAACCCUCAAACACUGGUUGAGACACGUAACAUCCGAGUCCUGGGUGAUGGCCAAACAUUCCCCAGCACCUUCAUCCAGAUGAGCCUAUGGCAGGUCCCUGCUGACCACUCAGCAAGUUGCCACAUUCAGCCUUGCCCCAUGAUUUGUGCUGUCCCCAGGGCAGCUCCAUGCAGCCAUGCUUUUUUUUUCUUAAUUCUUUGGGGUUGUUUUUAAUUAACUCCUGGCUGAGCAGACACCAGGACACAAGUGGAAGAAUUGCCAUAUUUUUCCCUAGUUGCAAAUAGAGUUUAUUCCUGAAAAGGGGGAAGGGGAAGAGAAAGAAGCCAUACAAGGUGUUUGGCACUGUAGUAAGUAUCACCAAACUGAUGCUUCAUCUGCUUUUAGCUUCAAUGGGUCUGGGCAGUUUGCAAAGUUAACCUUCGUCAAGGCAUUCCACAACAGCCUUUCAGGGCCUGAACACUGCAGCAUAUCCUCAGUGUGCACACCCACCUCUGGAAUCCAUGGGAAGUUGCACACAGACUGGAGAACUGCUGGUCCCUUUUUUUAUAAAUCUUGUUUCUUGAGAAUUGUUUUCACAUCUGUGAAAGCCAUCUCUGCCAUGGCAAAGGAGCUGUGAUUUUGUUGGGGGUAAAGAAAAAACCAAACAACAAACAGUCAUGAUUUCUCUCCCUUUGACCUGGAUUAUGUGUAGGAUGUAAUGAUGACAUUCCUGCUAAGACUCUGUUAGCAGAGUCAUCCUCAUUCUGAUUGGGAGGAGAUUAAUAGGUAAUAAAGAAAUUACAGCUGGUUUAGAGAACGGAAAAAUCAAAGCGGAACAAAAAUGGCUCUUCCAGUCAUCCGUCUCCAGAGACAAUAAUCUAAAGUCAAGGAAUAGAAGCGUUUUUGUUAUAAUCUACCUAAUCCUGAAUACUUAAAAUGUGCAAGUGUUUUGACAUCUGUUCAGCAGCCUGUGGAAUAAUGAAGAGGAAAUGGGGAGUAAGGGGUGGCUGGGGAGAUGAUGGGGAUUGAAAAAGCAAUUCCUAAACAUCUGGACAAAAAAGUUUUGAUUGGGAAAAGUGACAGUUAGGAAUCCCAAUAGUGACAUCACCCUCCUACCCACACCUUCACCAGCAGAGGGUUGCAGGGGCCUGUUGACACAAUUCUGACUCAGAGGGAAUGUGGUCAUUGUGGCUUUUGCCCAUCCUACACCCCACUGGGUAGGUACUUGCAGGUUGAAGAAGUUUCAGGCUGCAGGUUUGCUGGGAAGGCGCUCAGGCCAACUUUCGUGUCUAGGCAAUUCCUAGUGAACACUCUGGGUAUUAUCAGAAGAGGAGGAAGAGGCGGGGGAAAUAACGUAAUAGACUUUCAGCUAUUUAAUGUUAAACCAUUCAGUGAGCCCAUUACACAAAUAUAUCUCAUCCUAAUACACGUAUAACCAUUGCAUUCUGUCGUCACUGCAACUACUCACCAAACUUACCCUUCCUUAUUCCUACCGCACCACCUGUGCAGUGCAAACACUAUAAACCAAGAGAGGGGGGGAGCACUUCCAACAUGCCCAGUGAAGCUUGCACUCAUAAACAUAGAUGGGCAAGGUGGAAACCCAUAGUUACACGUGAAUGGGGGCUCCCUAAUGUGCCUGCAAAUAAAAACACUUUGUAUAAAUAGCUGUGGGAGAUGGCUAAUAAAAAAAUCAGGAAAGAAAAAGGGGACAGAUUAUUUUUCCCGGGUGUUCAGUCUGCUCGAGCUUGGAACAACUUCUGUAAACAAAGAGGAGGUGACGGGGACAUUUCCUGUGUUCCUGUGUGUCCCAGUUACUCCUGCACCAGUUGCAUUUUCCAGAUGAUAUCCAAGUGUAUGUAUAUAGUUUGUCUUUGUAUAGGAGUGAGUGUGGUGGCUGUCAAUCGUGCUCUUCCAGUAUUGUAAUUUAACAGAUUAUGGCUGUAUGAAAAUGAUGUAAAUAACUAGAAAAAAUUAAACUGGAUCUCUGUGUCCUAGUUUUUGUACAUACUGAAACUGCAUGGUAUUUAAAUUAUUGUUUGUCUCUGAUGUAUGCAGUUUCUUAAAAAAAUUCAUUUAAAAAAAAGUA